AUGGCUUUGGCCAUGCGACAGAGACGGAAGCCUUCGAGAUUGACACUGACUCAAGAUGCCGGCAGAUCAGGAAUGGAAAGGAAGUCUGCCCGAAAGGAGACACCCGGGCCGUUUGCCGGUAUGAAUCAGACCGUUGCAAGGUUACCGCCGCGACCACCUCGAGCGAUUCCCUCACGUGCUAGGAUGGCCAUCAAGUCUAAGAUUAGAGAGAGAACCACAGUUGUGAGAUCGUCUUCCAAGCCAACAACGCGGGCCAUCUCAAGUGGAGAAGAAGCCACGGAAUCAGCGGCUUCGCGAAAAGAGAAGAAAAAGGACAAGGACGAACGGCCGCUGUUCCACGCACUGAAAAUGCAACAGACCCUAGCUCCUCUAUCCUAUGGCCAGCGGAACAAACUCAAGCUACAGAUGGAGAAGAUCACAUCGUUCGAGGACCUGGGUCUGAUGCCGUCUGUCGUCGAUGCGAUAUACACACAAGUCCUGCCGCAUCUGACCGAGUAUACACCUACGGCUGUGCAAAAGCUGGCCAUUCCGGCCCUCCUCAGCAAGAAGGGUGAAUAUCAAAAGCAGAAUGCAGUCGACGCAGAAGGCAAGCCCGUCCCGAACAACAAAUACAAAACCUUCCUCCUCGCCGCAGAGACUGGGUCAGGGAAGACGUUGGCCUACCUUUUACCUGUCAUCAACUCCGUCAAACAACAAGAAGAACUCGACCACAACGAGCAACUGGAGCGUGAAGCUCAGGAAACAAAGGACAAAGAGGAGCGAGACAGAAACACGGUCUUCGACCCGGAUCCUUUGGAUGACGGCUCACCACCACCCAAUGCAUCAAUGGGCCGUCCGCGAGCAUUGAUCCUCCUCCCCUCCAGCGAAUUGAUCACCCAAGUGACGAAGACCGUCAAGUCCAUGUCGCACACGAUCAAGUACCGCUCUGCCGGCAUCUCCUCCUCCAACACCCCGACCGUGAUCCGCAACCGCCUCUUCAACCCUGCCGGGAUCGACAUCCUCGUCUCGUCUCCACACCUCAUCGCCAGUAUCGCCAAGAAGGAACCCAACAUCCUCUCCCGAAUCCAGUAUCUCGUCAUGGACGAAGCCGACAGCCUCUUCGACCGCUCCUUUGCCGAAACGACCUGCGAAAUCAUCGACCGUGCGGCCCCUUCUCUGAAGCAACUCAUCCUCUGCUCGGCAACCAUCCCGAACAGUCUCGACAAAUUCAUCGACAAGCGCUUCCCCGACUGCAAACGCAUCGUCACCCCGAAGCUGCACACCAUCCCGCGCCGCGUGCAAUUGGGAGCUGUAGACAUCGACCGCGCCCCCUACCGCGGUGACCGUGACCUCGCGUGCGCCGACGUGAUCUGGACGUUGGGCAAAGCCGUGCACGAGGACCUCAACCCCAAAAACACGGUCAAACACAUCCUCGUCUUCGUCAACGAGCGCGAAAAAGCCGACCAAGUCGCGCAGUACCUGGUGACCAAGGGCGUCGAGGCCGUGGCCCUGACUCGAGACACGGCGGAACAGCGCCAAGCCGAGAUCCUCUCAUCGUUCACAUCAGUAGAGAAAGUCGACGGGUCGUCCAAACCCGCAGGUGCCACCACCACCAACCCGGCAAAGAAACUCUUUAGGGACUUUGUGCCGUUCGACCGGGCCACCACUCCAGCUCCGGCCGGCUCGGGCAAAACGCCGGCAAAACCCACGCGCCAUCUCCCCGACGUCAAGGUCCUCGUAACGACGGAUCUCGGAUCCCGCGGCGUCGACACCCUCGCCGUCCGCCACGUCGUGUUGUACGACGUCCCGCAUACGACCAUUGACUUUGUCCACCGACUAGGCCGCAUGGGGCGCAUGAAUCGUCGGGGACGCGGUAUCGUGCUGAUGGGCGGCAAGGAUCGCAAGGACAUUAUCCGCGAGGUUAGGGAGGCCAUGUUCCGAGGCCAGGCCUUGAUUUGA